GAGCUCAAUUGAUAACAAAACAAUAAUACAUCAAACCCACCCGUAAUCUUCCCCACAACUAAAACCCCCACCUGCGACCCCUCUCUCCACGAUCACUUUCCCUUUGCUCCUCCUCCAACCUCCAGGCGAACCGUUUCGCUCGCGUCGUCGCCUCCUCCAUUUCGCAAGAUUUUUACAGCUCCCAUACAAUAAAUUCAGAAAAAGGAAAAAAAAAUAGAUACUAGUUUUUAUUAAUACAGUAAUUAAAGAGAAAAAUUAGAGAAUAAAUCAAGAGAUAGAUAGAGGGAGGGAGGAUGGGACCGGGAGCAUCCGCAUUGAGUGACGAAGAGAAACGAGCAGAGAAGUUGAGGCAAGAAGGGAAUAUAUGCUUUAAUAAAGAUCGAUUUCAAGCCGCUAUCGAUGCGUACACUGCGGCGAUUACGCUGUGCCCUAAAGUUCCUGUUUAUUGGACUAAUCGUGCUUUAUGCCAUCGAAAACGCAAUGAUUGGACUAGAGUAGAAGAGGAUUCUCGCAAGGCCAUUCAGCUUGAUCAUUACUCUGUCAAGGCUCACUAUAUGUUGGGACUCGCAUUACUUCAGAAGCAAGAGUACUCUGAAGGAGUCAAGGAGUUGGAGAAAGCAUUGGAUCUUGGUAGGGGUGCCAACCCGAAUGGUUACAUGGUGGAGGAGAUCUGGGAGGAGCUAGCAAAGGCAAAAUACUUGGAGUGGGAGGAAGAAUCUACGCAGCGUUCAUGGGAACUACAAAGCUUGAAAGAAGCUUGUGAGGUGGCUCUUAAAGAAAAAGGUUUCCUGGAUGACCCAAUUGUUUCAAUUGUUUCCCGUCUGCAACACUUGGAGCUUCUAGGACAGGUAUUCCAGAAAGCUGCAGAAGAUGACACGCCAUCCGAGGUGCCAGAUUUUUUAUGUUGUAAAAUCACCCUUGAUAUUCUCCGUGAUCCUGUCAUUACUCCAAGUGGGGUUUCAUAUGAAAGAGCAGUGCUCCUUGACCAUCUUGAGAAGGUGGGAAAUUUUGAUCCAAUCACACGAGAACCUCUUGAACCAUCUCAGCUGGUUCCAAACUUGGCUAUAAGGGAGGCGGUCCAUGCAUACUUGGACAAACAUGGUUGGGCAUACAAGACUGAAUCGAAUUGAUUGUUCGGGGAAAACUAGUAGACGUUGAUGCCUGCGCUCAAUGCCUGGUGGAUUAAUAGGGUGGGGUUUACUAUCUUAAACUAUAGAUGAUAUCUUUUGUGUGCAUCAUCAAUCAUGCUAGCUAUGUAAUUUUUGCAAGUUCCUCAAAGUGUGAAGCCAUGUCUUAAAUUACAUGAGCUCCAUUUAACCUUUUAAAUUGUACAGUUUAUGUCAUGGUGACUGCUUGCACAAAAUCAACUGAAUCUACCUGACUGAGGACCUUGAUGUUUCUUCCCAAUAGAAAUGGAGAACUGCUAUAAAAUGGUUGCAGAUUGACUUU